UCAUUGGGCUGGGGGGUAGGAGUGUGGGGUGUGCAGUCACCAUAAAUGAGUGCUGGCCGCUGCUCUUUUUCUCUGUCUCCCCCACGGGGGGUUUGGUGCAGCCUACUUAGAAGCCUGUGGCAGGCCGCUGGGGGCAUCACUGGGGAAGCUGUCUGGGCUGUGUUGCCCUGAGCACUGCCUUAUCUGGGUCCCGACACCCCCUGCCUGCCCACUGCUUGCCCUGGGUCCGCUGAUACCUGUAAUCUCCCUGGGCACAGCUGGCCACGUUGCAGGGGCUGGGCUGGCAUCUCUGCUCUCUGACUCAGUCUCCCUCCCACCCCCAAAGGAGGGACCUAUCUGUCAAGUGUGGGCGGCCGAGAUAGCAGCACUGACGUGCGUGUGGAUGAACAGGAGGGAACGCUGAGCCCCAGGCUGCGGACACCAGCCCAGAGAGUAACCAAGGUCACCUCUGCAGCUGCGGGCUCUUCGUCCCCCCUCUCCUCUGCUGCUUGUCCGUCUGUCUUGGACCGUCGCAUCUGUGGCUUUGGGACAGGGACAGAAGACCCCGGGCGUGUAGGCGGAUGCCUUGCCUCUGGGCACGUGUGUGUGCAGGUGACCAUGAGGGUGCCCGUGCGUGUGUGAGAUGUGCCCGUGUGUCCUGACCGCUUCCCCAGCCAAGCAGAGAGGGCGACCUUGAGGAGCCAGUGGGCACAGCAGCACCAUGGCCUCGGCCGCCUCUGUGAGCAGUCUGGUGGAUGAGGUCAGCUGCCCCAUCUGCCAAGGCACCCUCAGGGAGCCGGUCACCAUCGACUGCGGCCACAACUUCUGCCGCAGCUGCCUGACCCGCUACUGUGAGGUCCCGGGCCCGGAGCCAGAGGAGUCCCUCGCCUGCCCGCUCUGCAAGCAGCCCUUCCGCCCGGCGGGCUUGCGGCCCAACUGGCAGCUGGCCAGCGUGGUGGACAACAUUGAGCGCCUCAGGCUGGUGCCCACGCCGGGCCUGGACGAGGAGGACGUGUGCAAGGAGCACGGGGAGAAGAUCUACUUCUUCUGCGAGGACGAUGAGACGCAGCUGUGCGUGCUGUGCCGCGAGGCCUGGGCGCACCAGGCCCACACCGUGCGCUUCCUGGAGGACGCAGCCGGGCCCUACCGGGAGCAGAUACAGAAGUGUCUUGAGGGUCUAAGAAAAGAGAGAGAAGAGAUUCAAAGAAUCCAGGCAAGAGAAAACCAGAGGACCCAAGUCCUGCUGUCGCAGGUGGCCACCAAGAGGCAGAAAGUGAUUUUCGAGUUUGCGUAUCUGAGCCAGUUCCUGGAGGAACAGCAAAGCGUCCUCCUGGCCCAGCUGGAGGCGCUGGAUGCGGACAUCUUGAGGCAACGGGAGGAGUUCGACGCGCUGGUCGGUGAGGAGAUCUGCCGCUUUGGCAGCCUGAUCUCAGAGCUGGAGGAGAAGAAUGAGAGGCCAGCGCGAGGGCUCCUGACGGACAUCAGAAGUACUCUGCUCAGAUGUGAGACCAGGAAGUGCCGGAGACCAGAGGCUGUGUCCCCCGAGCUGGGCCAGAGGAUUCGGGACUUCCCGCAGCAGGCCGUCCCACUGCAGAGGAAGGUGAAGCUGUUUCUGGAGAAACUCUGCUUCGAGUUGGACUAUGAGCCAGCGUGCCUCUCUCUGGACCCCCAGACCUCGCACCCGAAGCUCCUGCUGUCUGAGGACCACCAGCGGGCUCAGUUCUCCUACAAAUGGCAGAGCUCGCCGGACAACCCGGAGCGUUUCGACCGGGCCACCUGCGUCCUGGCCCGCGGUGGCUUCACGGGGGGGCGGCACACGUGGCUGGUAAAGCUGGACCUGGCCCACGGGGGCAGCUGCACGGUGGGUGUGGCCCGUGAGGAUGUGCGGCGGAAGGGGGAGCUGAGGCAGCGGCCCGAGGAGGGCGUGUGGGCCGUGAGGCUGGCCUGGGGCUUCGUCUCGGCUCUGGGCUCCUUCCCCACGCGGCUGGCCCUGGAGGAGCAGCCCCGGCAGGUGCGGGUGUCCCUGGACUACGAGGUGGGCUGGGUGACCUUCGCCAACGCUGUCAGCCAGCAGCCCAUCUACACCUUCACUGCCUCCUUCACCCAGAAGGUCCUCCCCUUCUUCGGGCUCUGGGGCCGAGGCUCCAGCUUCUCCCUGAGUUCCUGAGAGGGCACGGCCGCCCUCCUCCAAGUCCAGACUCAUCCGGGGGAGCAGAAAUGUGUCGGCUGAGGACUUUGCAAGGACCAGGGCAGUGCCCUGCAGUCUGCUGACUCACCUCUCUCUGGGACCCCCAGCAGAGGCCAGCGCAUGUGGGGGCGGACCCUGGCGAGUCCCC